ACUUCAGUUUAUGCAUUUAUAUUUAACUUGACUACAUGUACAUGUAAUUAUAAAUUACGUAAAUGCUCGAAUUGAAGAAAUUCGAUAUCUCAAGCUGAAAGAUUUAUUCGAGUCGAGAACUUUUUUUCUCAGUGUGCGAAUGUGCGUCUAGCAAAGCGACGAAUUACAAAACACGGAAUACUCUUCGCAUUUUACGCGAGUAGUGCACCUCUGCUCGUGAAGCUACAGAUUACGAGAGACAAACGUCCUUUCGAUAUAUCGACGGCAUAUUUUUGCACUUUUUACCGUGCUUCUCGUUCUAUUUUUCAUCAAUCUAGUUUUGCCGAUUAGUCUCUCGAUUAUCGGCGGAUAAUCGCGCGAGAAUCCGCCAGGCGGAACGAGAUACGCGGCGAGAAAAGGGAGGACCGUAACCGUCGCGACGCCGCGCGUCGCGGUGUCCGGUCUCGUACGCGAUCGAAAAUAGAGCGCGGACGGACGUCGCGUUCUCUCCUCUCUCCCUCUUCGCCUCUCGCUCUCCUCGUAACCGCGGCGAGCUGUCGUGACGCGUCUCCCAUUCAUAAAUAGGGACGGCCACUUUAUCCGGCGCGACGGCCAUCUUGACUACGCGAUCGCGCGAGCUCCCGUCGAUUCGCGCAUCCGUCGACGUUCCGCGGUCGUUUCGCACGCGGAAAAUCCGACGCGACAUUGAAUCGCGCGCCGAGACGUCGCUGAACGUCGCUGGACGUCGCACGCACCCGCCGCGAGCCGCGACGCAAUGCGCCGGGACGGAAGUCGCGCGACGACUGAGCAGCGCAGUGGUCGGUACGCAGUGCACAGCUGAUCGGUGGCCCCGACGGACGGUAGCUGCUCGCCUCGUCGUUUCACGAAGCGGAAAAAACGCGAGAGUGGUACGGAAAGGAACGCCGAGAGAAAGAGAAAAAUUAGAAAGAGAGAGAGAGAGAGAAGCGGGAGUGCGAGAGGACAGGACGCGAGGGACUGCCGGUGCGGAGUAUCGGCCGCGUGUAUCGCGUGAUCGCGUGCUGGUGAAAAGCCCAUGGUGACAGGUGAAGGCUUCGCGAGAGGAAGAGUGUGUCUCCGGGAGACGCGUGAGCACGGGAUCCUCUUGGCGAGCGACUGCUGCAAUGCUGUAGCCCCUUCCUCUGGUACAGAGACGAGGUGUAGGUGUUCGCGACGAGGAAGCUGAGGAGGAGGAGAAGAAGAAGAAGUGCAACGACAACGUCGUAGCUCGUCGAUCGUCGAUCGUUUCCAAUGGUUGCCGUCCGGUAGGCCCUGCCAGGAGGAUGGGGCCCCACGAUGGGGGAGUGCCACUGCUCUAACAUCACUAUCAUGCAGCUGUUCCACGAGCUGAAGCAGCAGUUCCCCGCGCUCCCUGAUCACGUCGUCUCCCAGUGCAUCGCCCAGAACAGUCACGACCGGGAGACAUGCGCGAGAAGCCUGCGGGCCACCCAAGAGUCCCGUCCGUCACCGGGCGCGUUUCCACCCCCAGCACCCUGUACCGGGGUGCAACAGCCGCCGCAGCCGCAGCAAUCGCAACUGCAACAGCAGCAGCAACAACAACGAGAGCAGCAGCUCGCGUCGCAGCAACGUUGCUGUACGAUGAACCAAACGGUCGCGAGCAACGUCGGCGUCGGGCGUCCCCAUCGACCGGCGUCGUUGGACAUCGGUAUGACCCGUCGCUACCCGCCCGCAGAGCGUCGCACCACCGCCACCGCCGCCGCCGCCGUCGCCGUCGCGGCCGCGACAUCGGCGUCGUCCAGCGGCAUCGUCACCCCGUCCGCGCCGGCCGCCUGCACGUCGCGCGGCUUCUUCGACGACGGUUGCACCGUCAAUAGCAACGGCAGCAACGCGCCGCCCGGCUUCGAGCUCAACGUCAACGUCGCCUGCAGCCCCGCGGGCAAUCGCGAUUUUCGAACGGCACCGACGAUCGGUGCCUGUAAACGAAGCGACCUCGUCGUCGUGCCACGGCCUCAUUACGCCGAGCCUCUGUUAGCCAUCGGAAAGUCCGAGGCGCAGAUCGAUCACACGCGAAGCUAUACGUCGGUUAGCUUGACCCUCCGGCCGCCCUCCUCCGAGCCGCAACCCCCGAUCGAUAUCAGGUCGGAAGGAUCGAGCCUGACUUACUCGACCUCGUCCUUGGAUCCGCGUGGCUUUCAAAGCCGCCUACAGAUCAGCAUCGGUCCUGGAAACGUCGGUAGCGUCGCAGCGGCGAGGAUCAGACCGCCGAUGACUAAGCCAUACAUACUGCCGCCGUGGUCUCAAAGCCCACUGCGGUCGCCUGAACUUCCGCCAGAACCGCCGAGCCAAUUGCCAAGGCCCACGACGACGAUGAGCGCGCCGACUACACCCUCCAUACCGCUGACGACGAAUAUCGUCCCAGGUUGCAGCCUUCCGACGACGCCGUCCGUGCCCACGACGAGCAGCGGCGUCGCGCCUCCCGCUGUAGCCGCCACUUCCUCUUCCUCUCACACAGGGGAUCACACAGCCUCCGAUUGGAACCGAUCGCCGUUGUGCCAAGUGGAGGAGCACCAAAAGAAAUUAGUCGCGGAGCAACUGGUUAGGAAAGAGAGGCUCGCCAGGGAGCUAAGAGCCGAGAAGGGACGACUCGAAGCGAUGAAGAAGGAGGUGCAGGCAUUAUCUCGACCAAUGGAUCCCUCGAUAUCUCCUCAAGAGCUGAAGAGAAAGCUGAGGAGCGAAAUAUAUAUGCUGCAGGUCGAGUGUGACAGAUUGGCCGACGAAGUCGAUCAAUGGUCAGACAGACGAGUACCAUUGGGCGAGACCAACGAGGAGUUUUAUCAGGGCAUUUAUACCGGCCAGUCGUUGCCGAUGAGACCGCUGAAUCUACAACCACCGCGUUUACCGAGUCAACCGCCGGCAUGGCGACCGGAACAGCCAAUGAUGGUUGCGAAUGACAACGACCGGGAGGAACGAGACGAGCCUUCGUGGGUCUGCACCAUGUGCACCUUCGACAAUCACCCACUGAUGAACAAGUGUGAGGAAUGUGACAUGCCGAGACUGUUGAACCGCGGCAGUGCAGGGGAAACGCAAGAUAUUCAUAUACGAGUAACGCAUCACCACAAUUUUUCGCCAAGGCAUAUAGUGCACAGUUGGGUGGUAUGACGCGAAUUGAAUUAGAAGUUUUUAAAGAACUGUACAUAUAAAAAGAAUUAUUUAAAUUAAAUAAACAAAUUUUGUAGGGGCUAAGCGAUUGUAAUAGAGAACAUAUGUGACUAAUGUAAUAAUUUAACUUAAUUUUUUAUUUAUGGUUAGUGCAUAUCGCGCGUUAUUAGAGUCGUUAACUAGUUCCUCGUUAUAUGACGAUUAGAUUUCUUGUUUCUUGUAAAGCAAUUUCUACGCAAUCCAGCUUUGGAUUUUUCGCGUAUUACAGAGCAAUGGGCGCAUCGCCAGUAAGAAUAAACGAUGCAUUCGACCGAAUGCCGCAAAAUUUUUUCCAGAUUCUUAUUUGUAUAAAAAAAAUUAUCGUAUAAUACGUAAAAUACAAGUAUUUGUGAUAAUUA